CGGGCUUCCGGUGUGACUGGAAGAGCUGCUGAGGGGAGUCGGAAGAGACCGUCGAAGCUUUUUGAGGGGAAGAGAAGCAAGCGGCGGGAGGCCCAACUGAGGCGACAGGAUGUCUUCUGGUGCUUUAUUCCCAACCUUGGUGCCCGGCUCUCGGGGCUCAUCAAGCAAAUACCUGGUCGAGUUCCGUGCAGGAAAGAUGUCUUUGAAAAGCAGCACGGUCACCCCUGAUAAGAGGAAGGGCCUUGUCUACAUACAGCAAACGGAUGAUUCCCUCAUUCACUUCUGUUGGAAAGACAGGACAUCUGGGAACGUGGAGGAUGACUUGAUCAUAUUUCCUGAUGACUGUGAAUUUAAGAGGGUGUCUCAGUGUACUACUGGCCGUGUCUAUGUGUUGAAGUUCAAGGCUGGAUCCAAGAGACUGUUCUUCUGGAUGCAGGAACCUAAGACGGAGAAAGAUGAAGAGCAUUGUCGUAAGGUGAAUGAGUACCUCAACAAUCCACCCAUGCCUGGAGCUCUAGGAGGCAGUGGAAGUGGGGGCCAUGAACUUUCUGCCCUUGGAGGUGAGGGUGGCUUGCAAAGUCUUCUGGGAAACAUGAGUCAUAACCAGCUGAUGCAGUUGAUUGGACCAACGGGCUUAGGAGGACUUGGUGGACUUGGUGCUCUUACAGGUCCCGGUCUGGCUAGUCUGUUGGGCAGUGGGGGGCCUCCAACGAGCAGCUCUUCUUCCAGACCAGCUGUCCCAAAGGUGCCUUUUUCAAGAGGCAACUUGACUUUCUGGUUUUUCCCUGAAGACGUUUCGCUUCUCAUCCAAGAAGCUUCUUCAGCAGCAUCCAGGCCAUCCAGUCAAAGAUCCAAAGAAAGUGGGUUGGGUAUGGAGAUAUCAAACUCUCUUCAGAACAUGCAAGCGACGCUUCAAUCAAUUCAAGAAGCUUUGGUUAAAUCUCAAGAAACCAUAGCAAAAAAUCAUGAGGAGAUAAAAAAUGAAAUGAGGGAGCUGAAGGAGGAAAUACGUCAGAUUAAUGAAAAAAUGGCGAAUAUUCUGCAAAAGACAGCAAAAAAUGAACAGAAAAUGGAGGACAAACCAGAACAAACAGAGAAAGAAGUGCAGGAAGUAGCCCAAGUUAACAAAGACCUGGAGGAGACAGUAAUUGUCCUGGAGAUGGAAAAGGCGGCCUACUUCCUAAGAUUCCAGAAUAUUAAAGAAGAGAAAAGGGAAAACCUGAUGGACGUGAUAACAGAGUUGUUGGCUGGAGCUCUACAGAAAACUAAACAAGAGGUCCAAGUGGAAAUAGGGGAAAUAUUUAGAAUUCAUACAAAUUACACAAGAAGACAUAAACUCCCAAGAGAGGUACGCGUGAGAUUUACUAAAAAGAGAUUGAGAGAUGAAAUACUUAAAAGAUCAAGAGAAGAGCCUUUGAAAUAUAAAAGGAAAAAAAAUGUGAUGUUGAAACAGGUCCCUAGGAGAGUAACAGAUCAAAGGAGACAAUAUCAAUUCCUGACCUCACAAUUGAUCAAAUGUAAUGUAAUUUUUAGAUGGUUGAUACCAGAGGGAAUUCUGGUUAUUUGGCAAAACAAAAGGUUUAGACUGGAUUCACUAGAUAAAGCAUAUGCCUUUUUUAAUCAUCAUUUUGCUGCAAGUGAACAGCAGGAAAGCAGGGAAGAGAUAGAAAGUGAAAGACAAGAAGAAAUGCAAGCAAAAGAAAAGACUUCGCAACAAGAAGAGAGUGAAAAUAAAAAAGAGAACGAAUAGAAUGAGAAGGUGCAAGAGCAAAAGAACAGGGAGAUAAGAACAACUAGGAGUGUAAAACCUAUAUAUAAAUUAAGUGAUGGAAAAAGAAAUAAGGAUGUUAUCAAUUAACAUAAAUGGAUUGAACUCCCCUAUGAAAAGGAAAAAAAAACUACAAAAAAUAAAAAUGGACCUAAUUUGUUUUCAAGAAGUGCAUAUUAAAAAAACAACAUUGCAACUUAUUCGAAUACCCCCAAAGUGGGAAAUUAUAUUCUUUAUAUAUUUAGCACAACUAAAGAAAAGAGGGGUGACAUUAUAUGUUAAAGAAAUGGUAAAAGCCAAACGUGUAUUCAGAUGAAGAAGGGAGAAUAUUGAUGGUUGAGGUUGUAAUAAAUCAGAAACAGAUUCUUUUGAUCGCAAUAUAUGCACCAAAUAACAAGAAGAAUUCUACAAAAAGCACCAUAAGAAUAUAAUUGAAAUAGACUAUGAAUACAUUUGUAUGAUAGUGGACUUCAGUGCAAUUGAGGAUGUCAAACUAGACUAUAGGUGCAGCAAAAAAAGUAAAAAAAAAUGACACUUCCAAAACCUUUUUUUGAAAUGACACAAGAAAUAGGCGUACAGGAUUUAUGGGGAGAGUGAAAUCCAAAGAAAAACCAAUAUACAUUUUAUUCGAACAGACACCAAUCUUGGUCUAGCAUAGAUAUGAUAUCGCCAGAAUAUCCAGGAAUUCUGUGGGAAACUUUAGGGAAACUUUACAGUCAAGAAAAAGUGUCAGAAGGUAUAAUAAAACAAUAUUUAGAAAAGACCGCGUUACCCAAAAUACCAGAAACAGUGAAAGCUAUGUUAAACGAAAGAAUAACAAUGAUGGAAGUAACAGAAGCAAUUUAAAGGCAAAAAACCCAAUAAAAUACCUGGAUCAGAUGGGCUUUCGGCAGAACUUUAUAAACAUCUACAAGAUUUCUUAGGUUUGUCAAUGUUGGAGAUCUAUAAUGAUGUGUUGUUAAGGCCAAUCUUCCUAAAACAUCGGCAGAUAUUAGCUUAAUGCCAAAAGAAGACUCAUUUACAGCAGAUAAAAAACUAGACCAAUAUCAUUAUUAAUUGUAGAAUACAAAAUAUAUACCUCAAUAGUAGAGAGACUAAAGUUCUUGAACAAAUUUGUACGCCCAGACCAGAAUGGUUUCUUAUCCAAAAGUCAAAUUAAAAAUAAUAUGAGAAUCAUCUUGAAUACAUUGGAAUACUAUGAAGUACACUCUGAAAAACAGAUAGCUCUGCCCCCUUAUUAUUUAUACUAACUUUGGAAGUCUUGAUUAGAAAGAUCAGACAAGACCCAGAAAUAAAAGGCAUGGAAAUAAAAAAAGAAAAUUACAAAUUACAGGCAUUUGUGGAUGUUGUAGUAUUUAUCCUAGAAGAGCCACUGAAAUGGGAUCUAAAUUAAUAAAAAAAAGAAGAUUUAUUGAAGUAGCAGGAUUAAAAAUAAACAAAGAAAAGACUAAGAUGCUGGUAAAGAAUCUUACAAAUAAACAAAAAAAUGAAUUGGUAGAAAAAAUGGGCAUUCAGAUAACUAAAAAAGUAAAAUAUUAGGAAUUUGGUUAGUGGCGAGAAGUGCAAUUAUUAAAGAAGAUAAUUAUUUUAAAUUAAUACAACAAAUCUGGAAAAAUGGAAAAACCUACAGCUGUCGAUGGUUGGAAGAAUAGUUACAAUAAAAAUGAAAAUUUUGCUGAAGUUGUUAUUUCUGUUUCAAACAAUUCCAAUAAAACUAGGAAAAAAAGUUUUUUGAGGAUUUAAAUAAAUUGAUUUUAAGUUUAUUUGACAAUGGAAAAAAGCAAGAAUAAAAUUGGAUUUGGAUUACCUGAUUGGGAGUUGUAAGUGCUUACAUGGGUGAAAGAAUGGGUUAAUUUGAGGAACAAAAAAUUUUGACUUUAAAAAGACAUGAUUUGCAAUUGGUAUGGGAAAAAUAAAAUACACAGAUAUUUUCAAAGACAUAUUAGAAAUGCUCUACUUUUAGUAUGGGGAAAAAUCAUACAUUACAUGAAAAUAUCUGUGUGGCUAUCCACAAUAGAAUGUUCUUGAACUGGAAAAAAUUACAAGAUAUAAAAAUAUCCUAAAUGAACAAGGGAAAUUAAAAUCGAAGUAAGGACUGAAAAAUCAAGGAAUUGAUUUGGCUUGAUGGCCACUUAUGCAAAUACAAUCAAGGUACAAGUAAGAUGCAGAAAUAAAUGGAUUUUACAAAGAACCUUCAGAAUUAUAUCUGAUAUUUUUAGGGAUGGAUGAUAAAUUUAAAAAAUAGCUGCUUAUUGAGUUUUAAAAUGGAAGAAGAACAAGUAAAAGAUACUAUGAUAAUAUGGGCCAAAAAUUUUGGAUAUAAUAUAGAACUUAGAUAAAUGGCAAAAACUCUGGGAAAGAAACUAUAAAUUGAUGAUGUCAACAGCCUAUAAAAAAAUAUCUACAAAAUGUCUUAUAGGUGGCAUUGCCACCAGUAAGAAUGGCAAAGAUGUUCCAAAAUGUAUCUCCCAGAUGUUGGAAAUGUAAACAAUUACCGUGUUCUUACAGUCAUAUGUGGUGGACUUAUCCUAUUGCAAAAAAUACGGUUAGAAAUAAAUAUGUGGCUAGAAGAAAUGACAAAACAACAAAUAGACCUAAAACCAGAGAUGUUCUUGUUGGGUAUC